AUGGCGUCGAGUGGCGGGGAACCUGGGACCUUAUUCGAUCAUCAUGUCCAGAAGGCUGUAUGCGACACGCGAGCCAAGUAUCGGGAGGGUCGCCGGCCCCGUGCUGUGAAAGUAUAUACAAUCAAUUUGGAGUCUCGGUACUUAUUAAUACAAGGAGUUCCUGCCGUGGGAGCCAUGAAGGAGUUGGUUGAGCGCUUCGCUUUAUAUGGUACAAUUGAACAGUAUAAUGCUUUAGAUGAGUACCCAGCAGAAGACUUCACAGAAGUUUAUCUAAUUAAAUUUCUAAAUUUACAGAGUGCAAGGACAGCCAAGAGAAAAAUGGAUGAACAGAGUUUCUUUGGUGGAUUGCUUCACGUGUGCUAUGCUCCAGAAUUCGAGACAAUUGAAGAAACUAGAAAAAAGUUACAAGAGAGAAGGGCUUAUAUAGCAAGAACUACUAAAAAGAAAGACCAUUUUAUGACAAAGAAGAAAUUGGUUACAAAACCUAAAGACACAAAAGAUUCUAGGCAGGAUUUUCACUCAGAGGCAUCUGGAUUUUGUGCAGCUGCUUUGAAUCCUUCUGCUGGAAACUCAAACCCUUAUCAUUGUGAAUUGCCCACAUGUUACUUCUCACACUGGACGUUUUCAUCAGGGGAGCAUGUGGACACAACAUCAGACCCCUCUCAGGAUGGUAGAAAGUGUGACCAAAUGGUGGAGCAUUAUAACUGCAGUAGCUCAUUGCCAAAAAUACACAGGGAAACUUUAAAAAGUCCAGUGGUCUUCCCGGGUGCACUGAAGGUCAGUACUCCUACAGAAGCAAUUGACAGAUUUAUGCCUCGGACAACACAACUGCAGCAACGGAAAAGGAGGAGAGAAGACGAUUGUAGACGUGGAACAUUUCUCCAAGCAAGCACAAGUAGUAAUGAGGUUAUGAUUGGACCUCAAUUACCAGACAUACCGAAAGUAGAUAUGCACGAUGACUCGUUGAAUACAACGGCAAACUUAAUUAGGAAUAAACUUAAAGAGGUAAUUUUACCAGUGCCAGAGCCUUCAGAGGACAAGCUGGAAGAUAAGCGUCCAAGUCAUCCAGUAAAGCAAAGAAGAAGAAUAUAG